AAAUAGGUGUGUUAUUCAGUCUAAUUAUUUAAAUAUUGGUUUAUAAAAUAAUUUUUGUUUGAGAAUCUUGUUUUAAGAAGCCAAUUCCAUUGUAUUGAAGAAUACUUUAAGAUAAUAUUUAGAUAAAUAACAACGAAGAGAAGUCUGAAAACUACCGGAAAGUGAUGAACAUUUUCCGAAUAUGCAAACAUGGCACAUUAUUGAUGUAUUAUAGAAAAAUGCAAUAUUUUGUUUGAAAAAAGGUAGACAUACAUUUAGAGGUUGAAAAAAUUUCCAUAAAAUGGUUUUAUCUAUGAAGAAAUCCUUCAAUAAGGAAAUCAAAAACGAUCAAUUGGAAGAACUACAUUAUGGUCCAGGAAUUGUAUCAAAAUUACGCUGCCGAUAUAUGAGUCUGACUCUUAAUCAAGGAUGCACAAAACAAAGACCGUCCUUAAAUAUCCUUCGUAGAUCCACGAGUUUAAACAAUCUAAUAGAAACAGCGGAUGCAAAAGUGUUAGACCAAGACACCAAUACCGCAGAGAAAUAUAAAAUGAAUGGUGAUAUUAACACUGUUGCGAAAUCGUAUGAAACAUUGUUGGAACCAAAAGAAAAUGAAUAUAGUAAUCGAAAUUGUGAGACUCCGAGUGAAAAUGAUCAACCACCUACUGAUGUAGUAAAAGAAAAGUUACGAAUUUUUGAGCCAAACUGGAUGAAUACGAAAAAAAUUCACUUUCCAAAAAAGUAUGUGGCUAAUAAACAUUCUAAUGGAUUCAACUCUAAGAAAGUGACGAACAUUUGUGAAAAGUAUCAGGAAAACAUUAUUGAUGAAAACAUUCCAAGCUUAGCCAGAAAAAUUGAAAAAAACAAACCUGAAAUUCCCGUUAAGAACAGCAUUUCUAUCAAUAAAAUAAUUCUAAGGAAGCCCGUAGGAAAAAGCAAGAGUGAUAUAGAAAUUCCAAUUGUGGGAGCAAAUUCUAGUAGUAAAACUGAUCAAAAUGAAGGUCCUAAGAAGAGUCAAAAGCACGCUCAGGCGUCUGUUGAGACACAAAGUAUGAUAUUUAACUUUAGCAACAGAAAGGAAAUACCAUCACAUCUUCCGGACGUUUCAAACGCAGAUGACAAUUCAGUGACUGUUGUCGACUAUGAAGACACAAGUUCUCCAUCCAAAUUUGAAUUUAUCAAUGCAAAUAUUGUAUUCGAAGGAAAGUCAUGUAUGAAAACUGAAGGAAGGAACGUUAAGCUUAAAAUAAAAUUCAAUGAUUUAUUGACUUCGACAUUUGAGUAUCCUUCUGAAAACUGCCUCUUUGACUCUCCAUCAUCACCGUCGUCGAAAUUAGAUGUACAUCAAGAUGUUUCAAAGGUAGUCUUGGUCGUAUCAAAAAACGGAACUGAAACAACCGAAAAUAUCAAGGGAUGCAAAACAGAUUCUAAAGCAUUUUGGAGUGAUGAAACCCAUUCAACAGAUAUACUAUUUUAGAUAGAAUUCCAGAUUAAAUUAUUUCAUAAAAUCACAUCCACUAAAACAAUAUUAAAUUUAUUACGUACUAUGACUUAUUCACUAGCUUUAAGUAACGUUCCAUGACUUUUUUUUAUUGAGAUAUUACAUAUUUUUUUUUGUAUUGUAUGUAGUAUUUUUUAAGUUCUGAGAACAACUGCCAAGUUUUAUUAAGUUGAAAAAUAUUUACAAUCACAUUUGCUUGCCUUAAAUAAUAUUAUUUUAUUUUAGUAAAACAAAAAAUUAGAAAUUCAA